AACCCUAUUCAGUCCUUGUCCAGGCAUUAGCCUCCGCUAUUCAGGAUCAACAUGUCCACAGCAAGUUCGACGAUGUCAGACUCAGAUGCUGCUCUUUUAGAGUGCAUUCGCCAGCAUCUUCUCAACGACGAUGACUCCGAAACCCUUGCGAAGAUCGCUGAAAAUGCCCGAUUCCAUAGCCCAGAUCCAAGCUUCGACGCAUCUUCAUCGCCGGAGACAACUAUGUCAUUCGAGGCAAACGACUAUGACGACGUGGACAUCUAUCUUGACGCCCCGAAAGAUGCCAUUGGGUUCGAAUUGCCCAGCUCGUCUAAUGGGCAAUUGGCGGUGGAUUACAGAGACGUCAAAGUGAAUGAGGCACUGCCCGGAGGGUAUCGCUAUCGGGGAGUGAGGAGACGGCCAUGGGGGAAGUAUGCGGCGGAGAUUCGGGACCCGAAGAAGAACGGCGCGAGGAGGUGGCUUGGGACUUACGAGACGCCGGAGGAGGCCGGGUUGGCUUAUGACCAGGCUGCGUUCGCAAUGCGCGGGGCUAAGGCCCGGCUAAAUUUCCCUCACUUGAUCGGUUGCGACGGGUUGGAGCCGGUGAGGGUCACUCGGAAGCGGCACCAUUCACCUGAGGCUGAGAGCACCUCGCUGGAUCCAAACUGGAGACAGGAGGACCUGACUGGCUUGGCAAGCGGCCCCGACGAGCUUAAUGGCCAUCUCCUGUCGUUCCAACAAACUAGGACCUGAAAUUGAUGAAAUUGAGAGGUUUUGUAUGAUGAUUUUUAGUCAUUAUGUUAUGAACAUGUGUAUAAAUGGUAUGUUCUUUCUCUGGAUAUUUAGA